CGUGCGGGCGUUGAGCCGAGCGCGCUUGAACGCUUGAACCCGCACACUGCAGCGUCAAAAGCAGUGUGCUCUGAUCAUCUGGUCAGUGACUCCUUUGACCACUUCGAAUGACGGUCCUUCGGCUGCUUAUCCUGAGCGUUUUCGGCGUUUCGGUAACGCGCUGUUUCAUAUCGUAUCAUGUCCUAGAGCAGUGUCCCAGCGGCGAGGUUUCCCUCGACUUGUCCGACAGCCAAGGCCGGUCGUCGGUGGUGGUCACCCUGAGCAAGCACCUGCCGUACCCUGGGGACUCCUCCUGCAACCUUACCAUCAAUGCGCCCUGGGCAGAUGGUCUCCUUUUCGUCGUUCGCAUGAUCAACAUGCGUUGGGACAACUCCCGCUGCCUCGACCACAUGAAGCUCUCUGACAAGAACCAAGUGCUGCUUGCCCCACUCUGCUCCGCAAGGGCCAUUGGGACGCGCUUUGUUGCCAUCCCCGAGAAGCAGGUCAACCUGGAGGUGAAGACCCACCCAUCAAGCCCGUCCCGCAACUACACAGGUCUCAAUCUCGCUUUCACGGGAUACGUGAAUGAAAUCCGCUGUGACCUCGAUGAGAUGUUCCUGUGCCAGAAGACAGGGGUCUGCAUCUCCAAAACCCUGCUGUGUGACCAGGUGGACCACUGCGGUGACCGCAGCGAUGAACCCCAAGACUGUGAGUACCACGGAAAGCCGACGUGGAUCGACUGGGCUCCCCUCCUCUCGUGGUGCGUCAUCUGCGCCCUCUUUGGCGGAGCCUUCUUCAGGGUCUACUGGAGGAAGCGGAGACUUCAACUGAAGGAACAAUGAGAAGACAGAGAAGCGGCAAGACUGCUGAGGACACAGUCAGGGGCAUUGCCAGUGCACACGAAAAGAACACGGAGCACUUGCAGUCGUCGACAGAAUGAGAACAGCAGGGUGCGUGUCUUUCGAACGCUUGACCUCCAGCACGCACUGCAUGCCUUCCACAGUGUUUUUAGUUGCACGCAGGCACUCGAGGUGCGAGAGAUGCCGAAGCAUUGAUGGAAGUAGGAAGCUCACGCUGGAGGCAGGGCAACCGAAGCUCCUCCCUGCCGUACUCACCUUGUCAGCGACUACAGCUGGUAUUUUUACAAAAACUUUUUCACGUGCCAAUAUCAUGUUUUGGGAGAAUUGUGGUUGCGUGCCAGUGUGACAAUCUGCUUGUUUGAAUAAACAAACUGUGCAGGAGUCGCACUAAAACGGAGUUCUUA